UAUCAGUCCACUGAAUUUAACCAAGCAGACAUCUCGAAUACCUACCCACCUUAUCAUCAGAUGAAUGUCCACUAAUCAUGCGAAACUUGAUAAGAUCGAAAAGCGUUUAUUCAUUUUUGAAAGUUCUGGUGAGAUCAGAGGCGAACAGAUCAACGGCAACGUUAAAUCAGAAGGCACAAGGUCUACACAUUUCAUUCAGCAGACUGAGAUAUUUUGCACACGCCGCAGUAAUGGCAAACAGUUGUCGUGAACUGGAUGACACCCAGAUCAAGUUGCUACAAGAAGAAUGCAUCCUUGUGGAUAGGAAUGAUAAAAAUAUUGGCUCAGCCUCCAAGAAAAAAUGUCACCUGCUAAAGAAUAUUGAUGAAGGUAUGCUGCAUCGAGCAUUCAGCGUGUUUCUCUUCAAUAAGGAGGGCGAACUUCUGAUCCAACAGAGAUCGGAUGCUAAGAUUACGUUUCCAGGUCACUGGACCAACACAUGCUGCAGCCACCCCCUGAAUGUGACGGGGGAGUUGGAGGAGGCGGCUGCUGUUGGAGUCCGCAGAGCCGCACAGCGGAAACUCAAACAUGAACUUGGCAUUGAGCCAGAACAGGUGCCUGUUGACGGCUUCCACUACCUGACAAGAAUUCACUACCGCUCCAACAACGUGCCUGACGACAAGACGUGGGGGGAGCACGAGAUCGACUACAUCCUGUUGUCACAGAGAGAUGUAGACCUAGUUCCUAAUGAGAAUGAAGUAAAGGACUACAAGUUUGUCAGUAGAAAGGACUUGAAAGAUUUAUUAGAGACAGCUGAUGCGGAAGGUAUUCUUCUCACUCCCUGGUUUCGCCUUGUGGCAAACACAUUCCUGUUUGGCUGGUGGGAUCACCUGGACAAUGUUGACCAAGACAAUGACCACUCCACAAUACACCGCAUGUGACCACCAUGUAGUCGCUGACGAAGUCGGCGAUGUAACCACCGAUGUUGCCACCGAUGCCGAAUAUUGUCACCAUUGUCAAUACUUCAUGAGUUUGUAGACACAACAUUCCUCCAUCCAUGUGAAUACCAUCUUCCCGAUGCAAGGGAGAUAACUGACUAUAAAAGUCCAGUUUCCCCCCUUGCCGGACUCAGCUGGGAUUUCGGAGUUCUAUUUUGGCUGGACUAACGAGUCUAUACACAGUCCAAUCAAAAUUGUGUAACGAAAUUGGCAUCCGGUUCGUAAACUGCAGUGCAGAUAUCGGUUGAUUGCUGGAUUUGCAAAGCAGUGUACAGCCAGCUUGGCGUUGAAAGAUACUUUCAAAAUCUUUCCAUGUUUCUAAUCAAGGUGCUCAAGUAAUUUGUUGCUCUUCACGAGGUUAGGCCCAUUUUAUUACAAUAUAGAUCUUGAUUAUCAAUCAGAUCAUCUUGACUACAUGCAGCCAUUUUGUUUGAAA